AGGACCUGGCCAGAUGGGUGUGUUCCGGCAUCGCCAGGCAGAGGGGCAGGGGUUGCCGCCUCGAGCACAGGCCAAGUUUCAGAGCACUAGUGUGUAUCAGUUCUCCGGGAUUACAACGGAAUACCUUUGAGGGACACUGGGGACCGAAAGGCGACCUCGGAGAAUGUGGCCUCCAGGGGGAGCCCAGUUCCGUUGUGCACUUAGAGGCCGAGAGGAUGGCUCUGGCCUUCCGGGUGGAGGUGAAAUAUACAUGUAUAAUUUGGCAUGACUAUUGCGUCAUCGUGGAAGUCGUCGUGGUUCCCCGAGAGGCCUCCACGUCUUCUCCCAGCAUCGGGGCCUUUGGACGCUUCCGGGCGCUGCGGGCACUUGCGCGAGGAGCCCUCGGCUCCCCAGGCGGCUCCCCUCCUCCCCUCCUCCCCUCCGCGGUCCUCGGCUCCUCCUCCUCCUGCGCGCCCCUCCGCGCGGCCCUCGCAGGGAGUGGGGCUCGGGUGCGCCGGCAGGGCCCCGCGGCGGCAGCGGGCGGAGGCGCGUGGCGCGUGGCGCGGGCCGCGCUCGGGGAGGCGCCUGGGCCCGCCCUCCUCCGGGGCGCCGCGGGAGGGGCCCGGGCUGGCGCGGGGCGGGGAGAGCCGCCUGGCCCCUCCCCUCCGCCGCCCUCCCCAAAGUUGCCGUCUCCCCCGGGGCCGGCCGGUCUUAUGAUCCGGCGGAUCCUCCUGGGGAGGCCGGGCCGGGGAGAGGGCGCGGGCGCCGAGUGGCGGGGGCAGCGGGCGGGCGCGGCGACCGGGGCCGGGGCGGGGAUCCGGGCGGCGACCGCGGCGGCGGCAGCGCCCCGGGCCCGCCGCCCCCUCCCCUCCUGCGAGGGGAGCCGCUGCAUGGGGCCGGGGGGGCGGCCCUGCGGCGCGGAGCGGCGGCGACGGCGGCGGACCCCCCAGGCGGGCUGGGGCUGA